CUCAUUUGUUAUUCCAUUUGUUCAAUGUAAUGACUGAUAAUCAUCAACUACCCAAUACUCAAAUCAAUUUAAGCCAGAAAUCUAUAAAUCAUGAUGAAAAUGUGAAGAAGAAGAAGAAGAAGAAUGAUGAUGUUUCAUUUAGAAAACUUUUUCAAUAUGCUUCCACUAGUAAUAAAUUAUUGAUUAUCAUUGGAAAUAUAUGUGCAAUAUUAUUGGGUAUAACAUUCCCAGCUAGUAUAUUGGUUUUUCGUUCUAUGAUCAAUGGAAUGUUGAAUAGUUCUUCUUCUUCUAAUAAUAAUAAUAUAUAUGAAUUAUUGGGAUGGUAUUUCUUAAUGGCCAGUUUAAUAUUUGUAUUAUGUAUGUCAAAAUGUGUUUGUGUUGAAUUCUCUUCAAAACGUAUAGUAAAACAAAUUCAACUACUUUAUUAUCAGGCUGUUCUACAUAAAGAUGUACUAUGGUUUGAUCAACAUUCACCUGGUGAUAUUAUAAAUAAUCUAUCAGAUAAUUUAAAUUCUAUUGAAUCUGGUAUUGGUACAAGAUUAAGUGAUUUCAAUCAAAAUAUCAGUGGAUUUUUAGCUGGUAUUAUUAUUGGUUUUAUUGUGAAAUGGAAAUUAGCAUUAGUUGCUUGUGCUACACUACCAUUUGUAGUGAUAGCUUUCUCUUUAUUUGGUAUUGCAUUUAAAUUAUUUCAUAAUAAAGAAAUUAAUGCAUAUUCACGUGCAUGUACAGUAUCAAAUGAAGUAUUAUCAUCAAUUAGAACUGUAGUUGCAUUCGGUGGUGAAAAACGUGAAUCAUUAAGAUAUCAAAAAGAAUUAACAUCAGCUGAAUUAAUGGGUAUUAAAAAAGCUACAGCAUUUGGUGGUGUUGGAGGGUGUAUAGGACUUGUAAUAUUUUCAUCAGCGGCUUCAGUGUUUUGGUUUGGUGUUAAAUUAAUUCGAGACGAAAAUGCUGAUCCUGGAGCUGUCAUUGCAGUUUUUAUCAAUAUUCUUCUAGGAAGUAUAUUUCUAGGCAAUGCAUUACCAAAUAUUCCUUAUAUUCUAGGAGCUGUGACAUCAUCCAAAGACAUAUUUGCUACAAUAAAUCAUGUUUCUGUAAUAGAGAAAAAUGAUACAGGCAAAAUUAUUCCAGAUUUUGAUGGAAGUAUUACAUUUCGUUAUGUGAACUUCAGUUAUCCUUCACGUCCAGAUAUACCUAUUCUUGUCAAUUUUUGUCUUACUGUUAAAAGUGGUCAGACAAUUGCACUAGUCGGUUCUAGUGGUUCUGGUAAAAGCACUCUGAUUCAUAUGCUUCAGCGUUUCUACGAUCCUACACAAGGUGAAAUUCUAAUACAAGGCGUUGAUUUACGUGAAUUAAAUAUUCACAAUUAUAGAAAUCAAAUAGGAUGCGUACAACAAGAACCUGUAUUAUUUGAUGGUACAAUACGUGAAAAUAUUAGACUAGGUAAACUUAAUGCUACUGAUGAAGAAAUUUAUGAGGCUGCUAUCAAAGCUAAUGCACAUCAAUUUAUAAUACGUUUACCACAAGGUUAUGAUACAUUAGUUGGUGAAAAAGGGAAUAGUUUAUCUGGUGGACAAAAACAACGUAUAGCUAUAGCUCGUAUAUUAAUACGUAAACCAAAAUUAUUAUUAUUAGAUGAAGCUACAUCAGCAUUGGAUACACAAUCAGAACGAAUUGUACAAAAAGCAUUAGAUAAAAUUGUGAAUAGUUGUACUGUUCUAAUUAUAGCACAUCGUUUAUCAACAAUUAUCAAUGCGGAUUGUAUUGUUGUUCUUGAACAAGGUUGUAUACGUGAAAUGGGUAAACAUAAAGAAUUAUUAAAAUUAAAUGGUUUAUAUGCAACAAUGUAUUAUGGUCAAGAAAGGAUCGAUAAAGAACAAGAUGAUUCUACAGAUGAUGAAGACAAUUACAAUGAAAAUGAUGAAGCAAAAAGACAUUUAACUAAUCAACUUCCAUCUCCCUUUCCAAAAGAUGAUUAUUCCGAAUGUAAUAGUGUUACAACGAGUUCUUUACAUAAUAAAACUGUAGUAUGGAUUGCAACAAAUAUUAACACAGAGAUUAGUAGAGUUCACAAUUCUUUAUACUUGCGUCUUUUAAGCAUUAAUCAACCAGAAAUGAUUUACAUUACAAUGGGUUGUUUCUGUUCAAUUAUAUCAGGACUAUUACAACCAGCUUUUUCACUUCUUUACGCUGAAGUUUAUCAGGUAUUUGGAUUACGUAAUAAUCCUGAUAAAAUGAUUGAAAGAAUUAAUACAGUUUCUGGUAUUAUGGCCGGAUUAGGAUUUGUUCAAUUAAUUGUCGGUGCUAUGCAGGGUUAUUUAUUUGGAGUCGCUGCAGAACGUUUAACUAAACGUUUACGAUCAAACUUGUUCGACUCUAUGCUGAAACAGGAGAUUGGUUGGUUCGAUCGACCUGAAAAUCGAGCUGGUGCACUUACUGCAUUUCUGUCAACAGAUGCUUCAAAAGUUGCUCAAAUUAGUGGUUCCAGAUUGAGUACAGCAUUUGAAGCUGUGGUUUUAGUCAUUGCUUCCCUGGUGAUUGGAUUUAUUUAUAGUUGGCAGUUAACUUUAGUUAUGGUUCCAUUCAUACCAGUAUUACUGUUAUCCUCUCGUGUAAAUAUGAAAAAUGCAUCAAAAAUGGAAGAUAAAAUUGUUACUAAAGGGUUAUCUAUUGCCAAAGAAUCAAUUAGUGCUCAUCGUACUAUGAAAAGUUUAUCAUUGGAAGAAUAUUUUUAUCAACGUUUUAAAUUGACUUGUAUUGAAAGUGCCAGUACACAUUUAAUAGAAGCUGUUAAAAUUGGUUUAGUUCAAUCGAUUGCUUUAUCUGGUCCCGUUCUUAGUUUAACUGCAUGUUUUGCAUUAGGAAAUUAUUUAAUACAACAGAAUGCUAUUUCAAUGAUAUCAUUGUUCAAAGUUUUUAUCACAUUUAGUAUGUGUUCACAAGCUCUUGGUCGAAUCACUGCAUUUACUACAAAAACAAAAGAAGCUGAAGAAGCUAUGAGACGUAUAUUCACUGUUAUCGAUCGUAAACCAACCAUAGAUACUAAUCAAGGUGAUCAACCAAAAGAAACAUUCAGUGGUCAUAUUGAAUUUAAACAUGUAAAUUUUAGAUAUCCAACAAGACCUGAAACAAAAGUGCUUAAAAAUUUUACAUAUUCUAUUCAACCGGGAAGUAAAAUUGCAUUAGUUGGUCAAUCUGUUGUGGUAAAUCAACACUUAUACAAUUAUUACAACGGUUCUAUGAUCCAACAGAUUAUGGUUUAGAGAAUGGUAUAUUUUUUGAUGGAAUUAAUCUACGUCAAUUAGCUCCAUGUUGGAUAAGACGACAAAUUGGUAUUGUAUCACAAGAGCCAAUAUUAUUUAAUAUUAGUUUACGUGAUAAUAUUGCAUAUGGUGAUAAUAGUCGUAUUGUAUCAAUGGAUGAAAUUAUAGAAGCGGCAAAAUUAGCUAAUAUACAUGAUUUUAUAUUAUCAUUACCUAAUGCAUAUGAAACAUUAGCUGGACAAGAUGGUUCACAAUUAUCCGGUGGUCAAAAACAACGUAUUGCUAUAGCACGUGCAUUAAUUAGAAAACCAUCAUUAUUAUUAUUUGAUGAAGCAACAUCAGCAUUAGAUAAUGAAAAUCAACGUUUAAUACAAAAAUCAUUAAAUGAUGCCAUGGUAACAUGUACCUCGAUUAUUAUUGCACAUCGUUUAAAUACAAUUCAAAAUGUUGAUUUAAUUAUUGUAUUAUCAAAUGGUCAUAUUAUUGAAUAUGGUCAAAUGAAUGAAUUACUUACUAAAAAAGGUGAAUUUUUUAAUUUAUAUCAAUUAGAUAAUACAAAAUAUGAAUAAAUAAAUUUUUUUAAUGAUUUUUUUGGGAAAAAAAAGAAAAAAAAGAAAAAAGAAAACAACAACAAAAAUACAAAAAAAAGAUAAAUUAGAGUAUUUUUCUCAUUUUUCUUUCCAUUUUUUUUUCUUCUCUAGAAAAAAGUUAAUAAACAAGCAACCAUUUGAAAUAACUUUUUGUUUGGUUCAUGAGAGAAGUAACUCAUUUAAUGAAUUUUUAUUCUUCAUAAUUUCACAUUCACAAUCAUAAUUACCGGUUCACUUUUAUUGAUUUUUUUCUUUUUCUUUUUCCUAUUCUUGACAUGAUACUCAUUUAUGUUUGUUUUCCUUUUUCCCCUCUUUCUUUCUGCUACUCAUACAAUAGUUAUCAUUCCAUUUACAAAUGUUCUGUGAUUAUUCAUUCAUAAAUAUAUCUAUGAAUAAGAUGUGAAAAAUAAAGUAUUUUAUUAGUAGAGAUAGAUAGUGGUUAACAAUGGAAUACAAGAUGAUUGUUUCGUUCUAUUCAAGACUCGUCAGCUGAAUGUAUCUGCAUCUCAGAGUUGAUGUUCAC